AUAAACAGAGGGAAUUAAAUGAGUAAACAUCUCUUAGUGUCCACCGUUGAUCUAAACACAUCUCAUCACAAAUCACAGAGGUGCAUUUGUCAGUGACGGAUACGUGCGAGACAAACAGUUUGGCGUACACAGACAGACAGGGCACAUGCAAAUUGUUUGAGACACAGUAACAGUCCCUCUGGUGUGUGCGUUGCAGAAUAUUAUUUGCUCUCUUGUGGACUGAAGGCCAAAAGAACAAAGAAAAACCAACCAGACUUGUAGGUUACAAAUAGAGAGAAUAGAAAAAGAUCCGGGUAGAGCUUCUUCCACUAUGGCAAUGGACACCUUGGAAGAUCUCCCUCAAACCACACAGAGCUUGGACAGACCGGAUGGCUUCAGAACGUGCGUCUAUACCCACGCCUGCCCCUGUACAGGAAGAAGACACAUCCAUGACAACAGCAGCAAGUACACCUACAGACGCCUUCUCCAACUCCCACUCUUCCCUAUGGCUCUCCUCCUCGUCCCCUUGCUGCUCUGUCUCUGGGGCCACCAGGCCCAAGGAGUCGUCCACUCCAGCUUCCGCCGCCUCAGCAGCCGAGAGAAGAAGGAGAUGCAGAGGGAGAUCCUGUCCAUCCUGGGUCUACCGGGUCGGCCCAGACCCCAUCCUCCCCUCCGACCGCCCUCCUCAGCCCCCCUCUUCAUGCUGGACCUGUACCACGCUGUGUCGGCCAAGGGGGAUGAGGGAAACGGAAUGGGGAAUUGGGUAGGGGGUCUGGGGUUUGGCGGUGCAGAUGGGUUGACGGGCCACGUCAGCCAUGCCGCCCUGCCCACGCUCAACACGUACACUGCGCCGCUGGGGACAGUGGUUAGCGAGGCCGAUACGGUCAUGAGCUUCGUCAACCUGGUGGAGCAAGAGCGUGACCUGCUGCAGCCGCGGCCGUACUGGAAGGAGUUCCGUUUUGACCUGACGCCCCUCCCCCAGGGGGAGACAGUCACGGCUGCAGAGUUUCGCAUUUACAAGACCCUGACCAUGGGCCAGAGGGCCAACCGCAGCCUGCACAUCUCUGUCUACGAGAUCCAACGGGAGAACAAACACAGAGAGCCAGAGCUGGUGCUGCUGGACAUGCAGUCGGUGCCAGCGGGGCAGGAGGGCUGGCUGGCUUUUGACGUGACCUCGGCCAGCAACCGAUGGCUCCUGCACCCCCGCAGUAACCUGGGCAUCCGGCUCUAUGUGGAGACAGAGGAUGACCGGUCCCUGUCUGCUGGGUGGGUAGGCUUGGUGGGUCGUAGGGGCCCCCGCUCCAAACAGCCCUUCAUGGUGACCUUCUUCAGGGCCAGCCAGGCCCCCUGUCGCCCCCCGCGGGCCGUGAAACCCAACCCCCAUAAGAAGAAGCCCAAAUACGACCUGCCCUUGCCCAGUAUACAUGGUGAGGUCCUACAAGAUCACAGCCAUGUCAACAGUGGGCGUCAGGCUUGUAAGAGACAUGAAUUAUAUGUGAGCUUCAGUGAUCUAGGCUGGAAGGACUGGGUAUUGGCUCCUACGGGUUACUCUGCCUUCUACUGUGAUGGAGAAUGCCUCUACCCUCUGGGUUCCUGCAUGAACGCCACCAACCACGCUAUGAUCCAACUAGUGGUUCACCUUCUGAAGCCGGAUGAGGUUCCCAAAGCGUGCUGCGCACCCACCAAGCUCAGUCCCAUCUCUGUACUCUUCUACGAUGACAACAACAACGUGAUACUAAAGAAGCAUCGCAACAUGGUGGUCAAGACCUGUGGAUGCCUGUGACACCAGUGGGAGCCCAUCUAUCUAUUCUACAUCAUUUUAAUCAUCUUAAUUGCCAUUGUUCCAAAAGAUACAAACAGGGUAAUAUAACUUGCAACCAGCAGUUGAUAGCAAUAAUCUGUCAAUAUGCUGAUAAAUAGUAUGUAUCUAAUAUAUUGAUUUUGAGUCUGAGAGUGGUAUAUGAACAACACCCAUUGGACUUAUAACCAUACUUCACUUUUGAUUAACUAAACUAUUCAAAUCUACAGUAAUUCAGGUAAUUACAUCCCCCCCUUCAUGUCAUAUAUUCUGUGACCAAUCAAAGCUAUAAAGUAUCAUAAGUGCAAUCAAUGCUAAAAUUCAACCCUUUUGAUGGCUAUAAUAUCUUGUUGAACCAUGAAUUUCUCAUUGUCUCUUUUAGAUGUACUAAACAUGGUUUGCAAAACGUACACGUUUUUUCUUCUUCUUUAAUCAUACUUUUAACCAGUACAAGUUAGUAACAAUGGAAA